AUGUUGCAUCACAGCUGCCGGCAGCGGCGGAGUUCUAUUCCACUCGCUUCCGAGGCUUGCAGAAGGUUUUGCACGGGGCCUCCUGGGUUCAAAGCUUCAAAGUUCCGGCUUUGCCUGGGCUUACAGGGAUUUCUAUGGCACCAAGCGGCCAGAAAGUGGAGGAACCAGGGCUCUUCCAGGCAUCUUUGCCUUGCUUGCAAGGCCGAGCGCAGGAGCGCAAGGCUCUUUGUCGAUGGGGAUACGCAUAGCAUUGCCGACGUGAAGGAAGCCAUCGAGAUGCUGCAAAAAAAGGGUCUUGAUGUGUGGACCACUGUCUAUGCAGCUCCCAGAAGAGCGGAGAACAAGAACUGGGGAGAGUUUUUCAAUCGAGCAGCUACCUCUUUCUGCCCCGUUCCGCGGAGGGAAGACCUGGGUGAAGCCAAUGACGAACAAAUGAUGGCAGAUUUGAGGCUCUUGGCAUGCUCGACCGCCAGGAGGGCCAGAACUUCAAGCCUUGCCCUCGCAUUGCUUACCUCCGACACUGACUUUUUGGAGACUGUUGCUUUUGCCACUGGCCUGGGCAUCGACACGAUGGUUCUCAUCCCACAGAGGCAUGUGAAUACCGCAAAUGCCUACAGAAGCAGAGGGUUUCAGGUGAUGCCCAUCCUACGACGGGAACUUUGCAGCCCGAAAGUGCGUGCCAUACUGCAUGGGGACGGAAGUGGCAGUGUGCGGAUUGGCAGCCCAUGUAGCUUCGGGGACUACGAAGAAGAGGCCGAGGGCAUCAGGCCCCUCCUGCAAGAUCUGGGAUACUGCCAGCCUUCCCUGGGUGAUCGGGAUGCAAGGCCCUUCUUAGGCCAUGCUGCCGCCAAGUUCUGGUAUAACGAAGGCCUUGGCGAUAUCGAGGUCUUCCCAGCACCACUGGCCAUAGCUACUUUGCACCGGUUGGUCCAGAACCAGGGCGCCAAGGGCGUGAGGAGCGAAAAGUGGCAGCAGUAUCGCGAGAACCUGGCGUUUGUCCUCCCCUGCGCUGCAAGAAGAGGUGGCUCGAAGGCCACGGCACUCCGAGUUUAUGGGAGCCUGAGAGAUCGUCAGGUUUACCAGGGGGGAGGACCCUUCAUGCUGCGAAGCUCGGAGGAUUUGGUGCCCCGGGUGCUGCAGAGGCUCGGGUAUUUGGACCAGGAGCUGAAUGGAAGCUUGGCAGAGGCCAUCUUGGUUUUUGUGAACACGAACUACAACAAGGGCACCCUGAGGAAGAUGAAUCUUCUCCCCAAGGUUUCGGAUUCUGCCGACCUCGCAGCGAAGAAGUUGCAGGAGGCCUUCACGUCCACGGCGUCCCCCGGCAUCUGGCAGGUCGUGCCCAGCGAUCGAUUCCUGCGACAGCUUCUGCAAAAGCGGGGGCUCCUGGACAACCUCGACGCCAACCCGGAGGAGCUUCUGAAAGCUAUGCAAAGAUAUGCCGAAGAGGCCCAGCUGCCCAGAAUGGAGUCCUACAACGGCUAUGCCUUCCGGAUCAAGCAGAGCUUGCAAGAGCUGAGCUCUGACCCCUCAAGAACAGGAGUCGUCGAGUUCGAGCUACACAAAAAGACGUGGGCACAGGAGAACCAUAGCAGCUCUUCAGUCUCAUAG